AUGAUCUUAAAGCCGCAAUACGGGAAGCCAGCGGAGUGGCUAUUCGGGACCCGAAUUGGCUCAAAUACCUUGGACUGGUUCGAGACCCACGGUGAACUUUUAGAUCAUAUUUCGUGGCACUUGGUCUCAAACUCACCGCCACGGCAAAUAAAUAUGCUGUCGCGCAUAAUGACAAUCCUCGGUGGGCCGAGUCGCUGCUUAAAUACGCCAAUGUGGUGCGGGCGAAAGCAUUGUACGUACGGGUGCGGGGUGCCCCAUAUGGGCCAAACUGACUCGGCACAAUGGCACAAUUCUCAAGCAGUCGCUGUCAGGGUUGCUAGGAUAAAUGCACUAUGUAUCAUGACGCAGUGUUGA